UGGCAUUGAAAAACUAGUACAAACAAACUACAGAUCAACUUGAUUCUAACCCAUUGCUGUCUGUGUGAAACAUGUUCAGCAUUUGGGGCUCCGAAACCACCGUCUUCGGCCGACACCACAAGGAACCGGUGCUACUCAAUGUAUACGACCUGUGUAACCUUAACGACUAUACCAUUGCCGUGGGCCUGGGCGUCUUCCACUCCGGCAUACAGGUGUACGGAACUGAGUAUGGCUUCGGCGGACACGAUCUUCCCGCGACGACCGGCAUCUUUGAGAUGGAGCCGUGCAACUACAAGGGUGAGCUACGCGAUAGCUUCCGCUUCCGCCAGAGCAUCUUGCUGGGCUACACACGUCUAAGCAGAGUGGAGGUGCAGCGCAUCGUUGACCGGCUGGGCAGGCGUCAGUUCUCCGGCCGGGCAUACCACCUGGUAUCCCACAAUUGCAAUCACUUCUCCAUCAAGCUGGCGGACAUCCUUUGCGGUCGCCCGAUUCCUGGCUGGGUCAAUCGAUUGGCCAACUUGAUAUCCCGUGUUCCGUUCCUUGUGCAGUACCUGGCUCCGCCACAUCAACGGCGUCAACGCCAGCGCCGCAUCUAGCGCAAGAUGAGAUGUUUCCAAAUCGUUUGUUGUUACCAAUCAAUUUCCAACUUUGCUGAUUCGCAUUUUGAUCAAGACACUGAUACUGAAGCAUUUGGGUCGAGUAAUAGCAUUGCCACUGCCACUUUAUGAUAGCCAUGUUAUGGUCCAGAAUAAAAUGGAGUAUAUUUUUGAACUAA